CAAUGAUCCAAAACAGCCUCUAAUUUGUUUACAACGGUGGUUCUUGGAUCAGUGACAGAUCAUGGAGCAUGAUGAUGAACUGAAUGACUUGCGGCUUCAGUUCCAAACGCUACAAAAACAGCAGGAGAAAAGAAAACUGGAUAGUACGAAGGAGAAAGAACCGGAUAAGCUUACUGUCAGUGUUACCCAGGAUGAUAUGGAUCUCUCUAAGCAAGGUAUACAAGCUGACAAUGUGGAACACAGACUGUUGCAGAAUCAAAAUCAAAAUCAAAAUUUGCUGGACCAGCUCAGGGAGCUUAAGGAUGAAAAUGGGCGGCUCUUCAAACUUCUGAGUGAGAAGGAUUUUGAACUUAAACACCUGAAGAAGAAAAGAGAAGAAGAGCGACUGGUUUUAGCAGGCACAUCUGGCUUGGCAGGGGAUAUCGCAGCCACUAAGAUUGUUGCGCUGUCCAAGAAGAACAGAGAGCUAACUGCUGAAAUUGACCGAGAAAAGAUUAAAUCCAAGAAAAACAGCAACAAAGUCAAAGAGCUUGAGAAAGAGCUGCAGGUAGUUUUGGUGAACUCUUCACCUGGGCCAAAGAUUGAUACAAAGUCACAGGAUAAGAUGUCAUCUGAAGACUGUGAGCAGGAACAUCCAGUGGUGAAAUCUCUACAGGAAAGAUUAGCUGCUGCCCAGCUGAAAGUGACUGAAUAUCGCAACCAGGUUCAAUCCCUCAAACAGGAGUUGAAAAUAGCUCAGAGGGUUUUGAUCAGUGAGGUUGGAGAGGAGGUCAACUUUCAGAAACUACUAAACAGCCCUGGGAGCUUCAGAGGUCGCUCUCAGCAGAUACUGGCUCUUCAGACAAGGGUGAGGGACCUGGAGCAGCAGCUGAACCAGUCAACUCAGCGAAGACAGCCAAGUGUCCUGAGUGUGGAGGAAGAGUUUCUGGGCAUGGGGGUCCUUCAGAAAACCCCCCCUCAAGACAGGAACCUCAGCUACAUCCGCAGCAUCGAGAAGGAAAAGAGGGAGGCAUUUGAGAGGAUCUCAGUGGACUACAAGGCCCUCCUGAAAGACCACGAGGACGUGAAGAAAAAGCUGGAAGCCUCUAAAGCCAGGAACAAAUCUCUGUCUACUGAAAUUAAAUCUCUGAAGGUCCAGAUCUCCAUCCUCCUGGACAAGGAGAAACACGAUAAUGAGCUUGUGCAUGCUCUGCUGAAGCAGCAGUCUCAGAUGCAGGAGGUGCUGACACGGCUCGGCCAACAGCAGAACACACAGAGCAAGGAGACCCAGCGGAGUCCGAGACAACAGCUGAGCAGUGAGCCCUUUGAGCACAACACUCUCAUCCAGAAGCUUAAGCAGAUGGUUGCUGAGAGAGAGGCCAAGAUCAAAGAACUAGAGGAUGAAAUCCUGCAGCUCUCUGUCAAGGAAAAGAGCGUGGAAAGACAGUCCAGCCUCAAGACAACAGUUUGCAGUUCAGGAUUUCCCCCUGAAGAGGGAGACAUUAACAAGAGAAUAACAUCUUCAGGUUCAGUUUCUAAAUUUGGUCAUAAACUGGUGUUGCCUGCUGUGGGAAGUAGUAUACAAUUAAAGGGCCCAAGUUCUUCAAAAUGUCCACAAGGUUCAGCUGAUGUGAGCGCACUGAUGACCCAGUGUAAUGAAUAUAAAAACUUCUGCGAGGAGAAAGACAGACUCCAUGAGAUCGUUGACAUCAUACAGACAAAGUAAUAUAUACGGUAUAUUUUUCUCUCCAAUGUAUUGCUUUCAGUUUUCUACUUUCUAUCGUACUUGGCAAUUGUAGAAAUGCACAUCACCACUCCGUAUUCAAAAGCACUUUGUGCCAGCAGCAUUCACCAUAAAUGGUCUUUAAAAAAACAACCUUUUCAAUCUGUUACCUUUCUCACAGUAGAAUCCUGCUCUCACCCAGAUGAAAUGACGAAAGG